AUGGCCACACUGAGAAUACCAAACCAGAAGACUGACUAUGGGAUACACGAGGUAUGGGCCGACAACCUCGAAGUGGAGUUCGCAGCUAUGCGGCAGACGAUUGAGCAGUACCCGUAUAUAUCGAUGGACACCGAAUUCCCCGGAAUCGUCGCCCGCCCAAUAGGUACCUUCAAAACAGGCUCCGACUACCACUAUCAGACCAUGCGGUGUAAUGUGGAUAUGCUCAAGCCUAUCCAGUUGGGUAUUACGCUCUGCGAUGAGGAAGGGAAUUCGCCAGAGGUGUCGACGUGGCAGUUCAACUUUACGUUCGCAUUGGGAGACGACAUGUAUGCGCCCGACUCGAUCGAGCUCCUCAAGAACUCGGGGAUAGAUUUCAAGCGGAAUGAAGACGAAGGGAUUGAUGUCGAGUAUUUCGGGGAGCUGCUUAUUACGAGCGGGCUGGUGUUGUUUGAUAAUGUCAAAUGGGUGUCGUUUCACUCCGGCUACGACUUUGGCUACCUCCUCAAGAUCCUCACAUGCGAGCCCCUCCCACUGAACGAACAAGCCUUCUUUGACGCCCUCCUCAUCUGGUUUCCGAACCUGUACGAUAUCAAGCAUGUGGUCAGAAGCGUCAAGACGUUGAAGGGGGGGUUGCAGGAGAUUGCCGAGUCGAUAGGGGUCCAACGGAUAGGUCCUCAACAUCAAGCAGGCUCCGACUCGCUUCUCACCGCCGCCGUCUUCUUUCGGAUCCGGACGACGUACUUUAAUGGGGUGCUGGAUGAUGAGUACUACAAAAACUACAUCUACGGCUUCUCCUGCGGCAAGCACGGAAAAGCGACACCACCCGGUAGUCUCCUCGAUGCCAAGCCAUACUAG